AUGGACAAAUUCCUUUCCAACAGGUUUCAGACACUUGAAACAGUGUCAGGCUUAAAAGGGAUUAAAGCCUACAAAGCGCCCAAGGCGCAAAUCUUACAACACCAUACGGAAACUACACCAAAAAGGAUGGGUAACUUUCAGGUAAGUGUCGGCAAACAUAUGUGCAAAUUAUGUGUCACUGACGACCACAAAUUGCAAAGUUGCCCGAAGUUCCGGAAGUUAAAGGUCACCGAUCGCAUCGCGUGCGUCAAGAGCAACAACUGUUGCUUGAACUGCCUGUCGUCAGGACAUACGGUGUCUAGAUGUACGAGCUCAUAUAACUGCAGCACUUGUCACUCAAGACACAACACGCUCCUGCACAUUACAACAGUUCAACCAAAGGCAACAGCUCUUAAGGAAAGCAGAGAUCCCGCUGAUGACCUGCCCUCAACAUCCAAGGAGGCCCUAAGACGACUUGACUCUAAUAGGCCAAAGGAUAGCAGAAUCAAUAAUUUUAAAUCGUGCUAUUCCAAUACGGACAAAGGGGUUCUACUGGGAACAGCCAUGGUGAAUAUAUUCCACAACAAUGUAAAUUUUGCAGCACGCGCUCUGAUCGAUUCUGGUUCUGAGUGUUCGUUCAUCACUGAACGCCUCAAACGUAGAAUCAACCUGCCAUCUAAACGCUUGCAUGCCCAAGUCUCGGGCAUCAACAAUUCGAUAUCUGCGCAGGUAAGACAAGCGUGCUCAUUACAACUGCGGUCGCCUAUCGACCCUUUUGUAAAAAUAAAUACAAUUGCGCUAGUUUUGCCGCAAUUAACUGGAAAUCUGCCGACUUGCCUAGUAAGCGCAAUGACAAGGCAAGCAUUUCCAGAUCUCACUUUGGCGGAUAAGAGGUUCUUCGUCAAUGAACCAGUGGACCUGGUCCUUGGUGGAGACAUUUAUCCCCAAAUUAUUUUAAGCGGCUUGAAGAAAAAUGUACUAAGUACACUUCUUGCCCAAGAGACUGUAUUCGGGUGGAUACUAACUGGUCAAGCCGAAACGGUCAACCCACCCAAAACAGUUUCUCUUUUUAGCGAAGUCACCCUGGACAAGCAACUAGCUGCCUUUUGGGAAUUAGAAGACAUCCCAAAAAAAGAAAGACAGACUGAAGAUGACGUGUAUUGCGAGGAAUUAUAUCGGACCACUACGCAGCGCAACCAAGAUGGAAAGUAUGUCGUCACCUUACCCUUCAAACGGGAUUUUCCAUCAACCAUCAAGCUGGGACCAUCACUCAAGAGCGCCUGCUCUCAAUUCUUCCGGAAUGAGACGCGUCUCGCGAAAAAUCCGUCCCUGCAAAAAGAAUAUAAUAGAAUGGUGGCAGAAUAUGAAACGCUAGGUCAUAUGGAGAAAAUCACAACCAACAUACCUGCAGAUGCAACUGACCACUACUUCCUACCUCAUCACGCCGUCAUGAAGGAUGAGAGCACCUCCACCAAAGUGCGCGUGGUAUUUAACGCCUCAUGCCCGACUGCCAAUGGAUUGAGCCUCAACGACGUCCUUCAUCCAGGUCCGGUAUUGCAAGCAGAUAUGACUGUCCUGAUCCUCCGCUGGCGAUUAUACAAGUAUGUCUUCAACAGCGAUAUUGAGAAGAUGUACCGUCAGAUAAUGGUAAGCAAUACACAUACCAAAUAUCAGCGAAUAGUUUUUCGCACCUGCCCGAAAGACCCAAUUAGUCUAUACGAAUUAAAGACUGUUACUUUCGGCAUAAAUUGUGCUCCUUAUCUUGCGAUAAGAACAUUACUUCAAUUGGCUGAUGAUGUUGAAAACUCCUUUCCAACAGCAUCAAACAUACUUCGGAAAUGCAUGUAUGUUGACGACGUUCUUGCCGGUGGCCAUAGCAUCGACUCUGCAAUAACAGCCAGAGACGAAAUUACGCAAGUUUUGCAGUCCGCUUGA